AUGACAAAGUCAAUGAAGAGCAAAACAAUACAAAAACCGAAAAGUAAGAAGGUUAUAAAAAAGGGGAGGCAAAAGAAAAAUAAAAAUGGUAAAUCUUUUCAAUCGGUAACGAGUGCAAUUAAAAAGGCUAUACUGAAACAAGAACCUAAAAACCUUGAAAGUGCAUUAAAAAUAGGAGUAAAAACAGGUACCGCUAGAAAUAAUGGAAAUAUUAUCAAGACACCACGUGUUAUAAAAAUUCCUAAAACUGGAGGUAUUCUACCAUUAAUACCAAUUUUUGCUGGUCUUAGUGCAUUAGGUGCUCUAAGUGGUGGAAUCGCAAAUGUUGUAAAAGCUGUAAAGGAAACAAAGGCUGCAAAAGAACAACUCAAUGAAGCCCAACGUCACAACAAAACCAUACAAGACAGGAUUAGGGCUUUUUUUACAUCGAGGUUUCAAAUCAAAAAACCAACCCUAACAUUACCUAAACAUGCUCUUAAUAAUUUGGAAUUAACAACAUAUGCUAAAAAAUUAAAAGUGUUACAUUUUCGAGGUGUUUUUAUGAAGGAUUGUCUGCCAAGAAAAAUUCAUAAGUUUGAAUCAGGAAUAGUUAAUCUUGAUAAUAUGUCGGGAGCUGGAACGCAUUGGACUGCAUAUCGAAAAAUAAAUAUGAAUAUUUACUAUUUUGAUAGCUAUGGUAAUUUAACUCCUCCGCUAGAACUUGUAAAAUAUUUUAAAUCCAAUGGACUUUGUAACAUAUUUUAUAACCAUACACCUUAUCAAACUUUUAAUACUGUAAAUUGUGGUCAUUUAUGUUUAAAAUUUCUAAUAAAUAGUUACACUUAGAUACUGUGAGUUUU